AUGGGGAAGGAGCAGCUGCGACCGCCGCGGAUGGGGAAGGAGGAGGCGCCGCCGCCGUUGGGGAAGGAGGAGGCGUCGUGCGCCCGCGUCGAGCGAGGGUGCGCCGCCACCGCCGGGGCGCGGGUGCGUCGUGCACGCGAGUCGAGGGCAUGCCACCACCGCCGGAGCACAGCCACCAGGAGGCUGCCACCACCGCCGCGAAGGCCUCCACCCGCUUCCUCCCGAUGGAUCGGCUGGCCCCUUGAUGGAUCCGCCGGCGAGGACGGCGCCGAUGAGAGGGACGAGCACCACAGGCUGGAGGCCGCCGGUGGAUGUGGGAGCAGGAGACGCCGUGGCGUGAGAGGGAGAUCCGCCGCCGGUGAUGGGGAUUGGGUCCUGCUCCUGCCGCCGCUCUCUUUGGUCGAGUUGAGAGGAGAGAGAAAUAGCAGGAGAGACUGA